CGCACAAUAUGAGGAAGCGAAUUUGAGAAGCAUCAUAUUGAUCACAGGAGAAGAAUCAAUCUCAGAGAUGCAUGAGAUUGUCACGCUUCAACUGGGUCAGCGGGCGAACUACCUAGCGACCCAUUUCUGGAAUCUCCAGGAAUCUUAUUUCACAUACAAGGAAGGCGAAGAGUCACCAGUGGACCAUGAUGUCCACUUUCGUCCUGGUGUCGGGGCUGAUGGGUCCGAGACGUACACUCCACGGACAGUCAUCUAUGACUUGAAAGGCGGAUUUGGAACCUUGCGCAAGCAUAAUGCGCUGUACGAGCUCACAGAAGACGCCAUGGCCGGCCAGGGCUUGUGGGAUGGCCUUGAGAUUAUACAGAAACAGGCACCUAUCCAGCAAAGCGAAUAUCAAAGAAGCUUAGAUCAAGGCACGACCGCCCCACGUCUAACAUCAGAAACGGUGCGAUACUGGUCCGACUACAAUCGGGUCUUUUAUCACCCACGUUCUGCUGUCCAACUUAACGAAUAUGAGCUGAAUUCCCAGGUCAUGCCUUUUGAGGAUUGGAACGUUGGUGAAGACCUGUUCAAUGACCUCGAUAAGGAGCAUGACCUGCUGGAUCGGGAUGUCAGACCAUUUGCUGAAGAAUGUGACCAAAUGCGAACAAUUCAACUCUUCACAGGGUCCGAUGACGCAUGGGGUGGAUUCGCUGCUCGGUACAUCGAUAGGUUACGAGAUGACUAUGGCAAGAAGAGUAUCUGGAUUUGGGCCAUUGAAGAUGGGACGAGAGUACAGCGACACCACCAAUUCAAGAGGGACACGAAUAAGGCGAAGUCGCUAUACUCGAUCUCGCCCCAGGCAAACCUUUAUGUGCCACUUGUCGAUAUUCCUCAGAAACUCCCGAGCUACAUCAGCGUAGACCGCCAUUCUGAAUGGCAAAGGUCUGCUUUAUUGAGUGCGGCUGUGGAAACGAUCACGUUGCCGUCUCGACUGCGGCCAUACCAUGACUUUGAGGCCUCGUUGGCCGGAGAUGAUGGGAGACACAAUAUUUACGAGCUGCAGUCGACCUUCAACCCAGAGAAUCAAUAUGAGAAAGCCCCGAAGUCCGAUACGGAGGGCUCGUCAAAACCUCAGACUAAGUUUGACAUUGACUUCACCUAUGACAACCAAGAUACCGAGACCGCAACUAUUUUCAAUCAAGUUCAGAUGAUGCGAGGCAACGAAACCGAGACAUCCACUCAAUCACCCGAAAGUGGUGACAUCGGUCACCUUCGCAAGCUUCGUUUGUAUAACUCAGAGCCAAUGCUACAAAGUUACCACAGCCCUCUCCGGCUACCCAUUAUCGACAGUUUCCCGCACGGCAUGUUUUCCGCGUCGCCGUCUAGUGCUGAUGGGUUGAGUAUCUUUACCGCAUUGACCGCUUCAACUCGGACAGCCGACAGGAUCAAGGCUAUUCAGGCCACCGCUGCACGGAUGCUAUCGGUGGAUGAGCGAGAGGCAAUGGUCAACGGGCUGGGCGAGAUCCGGGAAUGCUAUGAGACGGGAUGGAGCAGUGGAUCGUCAGAUGAGGACGACGAUUAGACCGAAAAAUCCGGCUUUCAAAGUUGGCCAUGGGGAUUCUGACUUCAUCGUCCUCGGCUAUCCAUAUUAUUAGAUUGGCGAGAGUCGAGCCAGUUUUACCGUAGUCUACAAGCGAACGUUGAAUACCGCGAUAAUGAACUAAGCAG